AUGCCACCUAAAGCUGCGAAAAGCGAGUAUAUUGAGACUGAUACGGGCAACAAAAUCUCGCGCCGCUCGCAAAUCCACGGGACACAACAUAUCAUUCUUGGUGGAAAAACUGUGAUUCAAGCCGAGGCUGUGAUUCGCGGCGAUCUCUUUCGCCAGGCUUCCGCCGCUCCCUCUGCAGACCCGAAUAAUCCGGCUCCCCCUUCCAACGCUCCGAGCGUCGCGAUCACCGUGGGUCGCUAUAGCUAUAUUUCCAAAAGCGCAGUGCUGCGUCCACCCAGUCGCUUGCAUCGCGGAGUACACUCGUAUUAUCCACUCAAGAUCGGUGAUCACGUCUUCGUCGGAGAGUCGGCGGUGGUCGAAGCCGCGUCGUUGGGGAACCACGUCCAUGUCGGCGCAGGUGCGACAGUGGGGAGUAUGGCGAUCAUUAAAGAUUUCGCGGUGAUUCUGGACGGCGCGGUAGUUCCGCCCGGAAUGGUCGUGCCCAGCUGGUGUGUGGUAGGAGGGCGGCCUGCUCGAAUCGUUGGCGAAGUGGGCGAGGGCUACGGCGUUGAAGGCGCAGAGGGUGGUAUGGCACGGGAGAGAUACCGUCUCGUUGGAAAGCCAUGA